GCACGUCCUCAAUACCCAAAAUGCUACGAGUAGUUAAACCCAAAAAUGCGCGGUCAAAGCGCGCCAUGCUUGCCCGAGAGCCGCAAGAGGUCGAGCCACCCAAGACAUGUAUUUUCGUCAAAGGCACGUCGACCGGCGAGCGUCUUAACGGGGUACUGAAAGAUCUCAUGUCGCUCAAGCGCCCAAACGCCGUCUCCUUUUCCAAAAAGAACGCUGUACACCCAUUUGAGUCCACCGACAGCUUUACCUUCUGGUCACAGAAGAACGACGCUUCCCUCUUCCUCGUCGGCACUCACAGCAAGAAACGGCCACACGACCUGACCUUCAUACGGAUGUACGAUUACCGUGUGCUGGAAAUGCUCGAGCUAGGGGUAGAGGCGUACACCCCUAUGUCGGCAUUUUCUGGUCGCAAGCCCCCGCCCGGACACAGACCGUUGAUGACGUUCGAUUCCCCGCUAUUCGACACCCACCCCAGGUUUCAGCAAGUCAAGUCGCUCCUUCUGGACCUGUUCAAUGGAGCGGAGAUCGAUGCCAUCUGCCUCGCAGGACUGGAACAUGUCGUCCAGGUGUCGCUCGCUCCCCCACCACCGGGUUUCACAAAUGAGAGCACGAGCAGCGCAGAGCUCCCUCUUAUCCACGUUAGGUGCUAUGCGAUGCGUUUUCUCGCUUCUGGCCAGCGAACGCCGAGGGUGGAGCUAGAACCAAUAGGACCAUCGCUCGAUGUUUCACUUCGCCGCUCUUCCCCGGCAGACGAGGACCUCUGGCGUCAAGCGACAAAACGCCGCAAGAUGGAGAAACGCGACGUAGAACAUGGUUUAGGGAAGAAGAGGAAGAACCUGGCUGUGGACGAGGGUGGGGACCUGAUCGGACGCGUCCAUGUUGGGAAACAGGAUUUGGGGAAGUUGCAGGGGAGGAAGGUCAAGGCGCUCAAGGAGGAGAGGACGAAGAGACGGAAGGUGGAUCACGACGAAGAGGAGGAAGAGUGAGGGGCUCUGUAUUGGAGUGUGUCAUGUCUCUGGUUCAUGUCAUGUUGUUUAUUGCCACGCAGCGCUAUUGCACUCUCUUUGGCGCGCAUACAAGCCCUGUU